CACACAAAUGGUCUUGGCACCUUUGCAGGUGAUGUUAGGUUGGGAUAAAGAAGGAAAGGCAUCGGGUUCAGGAUGCCUGGGAGCCUUUUCCUGCCGUGAGGGCAGAGCAGAGAAGGAGGUCACCCUCGUUCUCUUGGGGGAGUGAAGUUGGAGAUCUGCUUCCACCACUGAAGCAGGCGCACCACCGAGGAGCGAGAUGGCUCUGCUCACCCACGUGCUGGCUUGCAUCUUUGGGAUCGGAUCCUGGAUGUCCAUCAACGGCGUGUGGGUCGAGCUCCCCGUGCUGGUGAACGUGCUCCCCGAGGGCUGGUACCUGCCUUCCUAUCUCAUCAUCAUCAUCCAGCUGGCCAACGUGGGCCCUCUCUUCAUCACCCUCAUGCACAAGUGGAAGCCGGGCUUGCUGAGCGAGGUCCUCGUCAUCUGCGUCGUGGUCUCCACCGGAGUCGUGGCCUGCUUCCUCCUGGCUUUCCUGUGGCACUACACCGCGGAUUUCGGCGGGGCUCGGCACAGCAUGGCCUUCUUCGUCUUGACCUUUUGCCUCUCGCUGGUGGACUGCACUUCCUCCGUCACCUUCCUGCCUUUCAUGGCUCGCUUCCACCCUCGUUACAUCACCUCCUACUUCAUCGGGGAAGGUCUCAGCGGGCUGGUCCCUGCUCUCUUCGCUCUGGCGCAGGGAGCAGGGAUCUCCAGCUGCGUCGAGGUUGCCAUCCCAAGCAACCACACACAUGCCAGGAACGCCACCGUGGGCAACAUGAGCUCGGGCGACCCUGCCCCUUUCCGCCUAGAGACCCGCUACUCCCCUGCCAACUUCUCCAGCCUGGUCUUCUUCCUCAUCCUGUCUGGCCUGAUGUUCUCCUGCCUCGUGGCUUUCUUCUUCCUCAACCGCCUGCCCAGGGUGUGGGACCUUUCGGAGCAGAAACUCUGUGCCAGCGAGAUCACCCUCCACUCCAUCCAGAAGAUCCCUGCGGAUGGGGGGCUGAAAGAAGGGUUCACUAACUUCCCCGCCGAGGGAAAGGCGGGAAGUUCCUCCAAAGAAGACGAGGAAGGAGCUCUGGAGAAGGUCACCUACUCCUGGGCCACGUUGGCCUUCAUCUAUGUCCUCAUCACUUGGUGCAGCUCCCUGAUGUUUGGCGUCCUGCCCUCGGUGCAGAGCUACUCCUGCUUGCCCUACAGCAACUUAGCCUACCACCUCUCCACCACCCUGGGUGCCAUGGCUGUCCCUCUUGCAUGCAGCAUCUCUACAUUCCUGCCCAGCAGGUCCCUCCCCUUCUUGAGUGUCCUGGCAGCCACCGGGACGGCCUUUGGCGCCUACAACAUGGGCAUGGCCGCCCUGAGCCCCUGCCCGCUCCUAAACCACUCGGAGUGGGGGGACGCACUCAUUGUGAUCUCCUGGGUGCUCUUCAACGGGACCCUCGCCUACGUCAAGGUGAUGCUGGGGGUGAUCCUUCGCGGCCACAGCCAGAGCGCCCUCGUGUGGUACGGAGCGAUGGAGCAGCUGGGGGGUCUGCUUGGAGCCGUCGUCAUGUUCCCCUUGGUGAACGUCUACAGCGUCUUCAAAUCGGCCGACUUCUGCAGCUUCCGGUGCCCGGCGUGACCUCAAGAGGUGGCAAGGGCUUGUGUCGUAUCGAUGCAGCAGUCAGGACGCUUGUCCCAUUUCCAAACAGAGGGAAGGAACCGUGCGAAUAAGUUCCCCUUAAGAUCAAGGCGAAGGAACGCAAGGGAUCGUCGGGCAACGUCACGCUUGACUUCGUGUUACAGUGACAGGCGAUGAAUUAACUUUGGACAUGGCUCCACGAUCCUCCUCCUCCUGCCAUUUCUUAACCUUGGAUGGACAAGAACCCUGCUGCAGGCUUGUGUUCAGAACCUGGCCAGGGAGUUGUAUAAUGCCUUGUAAAUAAAUCAGUCGA